CAUCAAUCAGAAAAAUCAGGAAACUGGGGCACUUUGGCGGAGUGGUUAACGCGAUGCCCUGCUAUAUCCUAGUAUUAGGAAUCAGCUUAGGCAUUCCCUUCGGGGGCGUGUGUUCGAAUCACACAGGUGUCGAUACUUUUACAUUUUUCUUCUACUAAAAAGAUAUAUUCCUUUUUCCUCGUACCAUUUAUUUUAAUAGCUUUUUAUUCCUCUUUUUGAGGUAGCUACAUACCCUAUUCUAUUAGUAUCAAUUUGUCGUCAAUUAUCUAAUGUUAUAAAAGAGAGACAGCUAUGACUUCGUGCAGAUAGAAAUAUAAUAUCAAGAAGGAAAAAAGCCCACGGCCACAUCUUUAAUAAAUUAUGUCAAAUUAUAAUUUUGUAUUAUUUGAAUUAUUACAUCCCUUAUAGCCUGUUGCAUGCGACAAAAGAUGAGUUACCUAGGUAUUAAGUCCUGUUGGUCAUCAGUAACUCCUAUAACGUAUCACAAAUCACGGCGACAGCCAACAUACAUUCGAUCAGCCAAUCCAAAAGGGCGCGGGUCUGUAGAAAUAUUUUAUUUCUUAGGCAGCAUAGCUAUAAACAUUGAUUCUAUCAUUGCCUAGAUACCAGCAGGUGUUAUAAAAUGGUAUCAAUUUACUACGACAUCAAAUAAUCUAACCUAUCGAUUUAAGUAACUCUGUAUAUUCGCAAAUCUUUCAUAAUGAAAGCCUUCAAAUUAGCCCAAUGGGGCCAACCCGGCCAAUACGUCGAAGUCCCCAAACCCGAACCUGGACCCGCGGACGUCCUAAUCCGCGUGAAAGCCGCGGGUCUCUGCCGGUCUGAUUUGGAUAUGGUCGACAACCUCCCCGGCGAUCCACCAUACGCCAAUUCCCUCGAACCGGGCUACAUCCUAGGCCACGAGAACGCGGGAUAUGUAGUGAAAGUCGGCAGCGCAGUCACAGAUCUGAAACCCGGGGAUCCGGUUGUUGUGCAUCAUAUGCGACAUUGUGGGAAUUGCGAACACUGUACCGAUGGCGCGGAACAGCAUUGCGAUGCUUUUAAACGCGGGGCUAUUGGUAUGACGAGGGGGUGUGGUAUGGAUGGCGGGCUGGCGGAGUUUAUGGUUGCGCCGCGGUCGGAAGUUAUAUUUCUGGGUGAGGGCGUGGAUCCGAUUCAAUACGCACCGCUUACUGAUGCUGGGGUUACUGCGUAUCAUGCUAUACGUAUGGUUGCGGAUCGGCUGAAGCCUGGGAAUAGUAUUGCGAUUAUUGGCGUUGGGGGACUUGGGAGUUAUGCUGUGCAAUUUGCGAAAUUGCUCUCGGCGGCGCAUGUUAUCGCUAUAGAUAUUAAGAUACCUAGACUAACUAAGGCGACUGAGUUAGGUGCUGAUGAAGUGGCGCAUUUUUUUGAUCGCUCUGGUGAGGGGACUGCGCAGAUGAUCAUGGAUCGGACUAAGGGGCGUGGAAUCGAUGUUAUUGUGGAUUUCGUGGGCAGUGCUGAUACGCUUAAGCUUGCGGCCAAGGUCUCACGACCAAGAGGACGUAUUGUGCUUGUUGGUAUGCAAGGAGGUACGCUGGAGGUUGGUUGGGGAUUACUGGCUACGAGUUGUGAAUUCAUGAUUAGUUUGGGGAGUACGAGACAGGAUUUACGGGAGGUGUGUGAGUUGACGAAGGCCGGGAAGUUGACAAUUGAUAUUGAGAGGUUUGCGUUUGAGGAACUGGAUAAGGCUUAUGAAGCGUUGAGAUUUGGGACUUUAUGGGGAAGGGCAGUUGUGGUAUUCCCAUGAAUAUACCUUUCGUUUAUUUCUAAUGCCUUGUAUUUUUGCGCCAGGUGAAAUAGAAAUUCCAGGCGAAAAAGAAAUGAAGUAUUUGGUGCGACAUGCUAAAUUACUAUUCUCAAGAGCACUGUUUUCAAUUGUCUCGGUGUAUAUACAAUGCUAUUGACAGGGUCGAAUCAAUCUUGUGGAAUUAUAGGGCUUUGCACAACCCCUAGUCUUUCGUUUCUAAACUACUUCAUCGGAUUUCUCGCAGGUUUGUUUCGGCUGGUUAGUAUCCUGCAGCGGCGUGGGACGGUCGACCAGUUGCAGUAUGUCCUUGCCUGUGUCACGCUUCUUGUAAACUUGUCU